GGGACAACGUCACUGCCCCGAACGAUUAACUGCGGAAACGCAGAUCCUGUCCUGGCAAGGCAACGAAAGUCGAAAGGAUCGGGUCUGGGCGAGGUGUCGAAGUGGGGAAUUUUGAUUCUUGAAUGAAACAAUACAACCGACUCUGAUUCAGUUAUUUGUUUCCCGCCCGCCGAUUCGCCUUUUCUCACCCUUCCCUUUCGUCCCAGAAUUUCUAUUUUCUUCCUCUUCAAUGGCGGCCAAUUCGCACAGAGGCGGUUCUUUCUAUGGUGACGCCGCCCCUUACCGGUCCAGACACGGGCUUAGCACGAGACCGGUGGCUGGUUCCGAUGAAAUCCAAUUGAGCAUCGAUCCGAUGGACUUGGACGAUGAGAUCAGUGGUCUUCACGGCCAAGUUAGAAGGUUGCGACAUGUCGCUGAGGAGAUAGGGACAGAAGUGAGAUAUCAGAAAGAUUUUUUGGAACAGCUGCAAAUGACAAUGAUAAAGGCUCAAGCUGGGGUGAAGAAUAAUUUGAGAAGAUUGAACAAGAGCAUCUUUCAAAACGGUUCAAAUCAUAUUCUUCAUGUUAUUGUUUUUGCGUUGUUAUGUUUCUUUAUUGUGUACCUGUGGUCCAAAAUGUCCAGAAAAUGAGACUAAAAGGCUGCCCAGCUUCCAGGUCGAAAGAAAUGCUACUUCAGAGUUUCUUUGGACCCUCACAUGAUGCCUGAUUCUGCUGUGAAGAUCAGCUCCUUGAACCCCAGGGGGUUCGCAUAUCUGACUCUUCUAUAUGUAUGUGGUAUUUAGUUGGGUGAAGCGUCCUUCAUGAAAUUAAUUGUUGUGCCUCUGUGUGUGUGUGUGACUUCUCGUCGUGUUGGUCGGAGAAUGUCCUUACGGCUCAGGCAUCCUGUUGAUGGCGGCAUACUUUUGAUUGGCUUCUAAUAUUCGACUUCCGAAUUCUUCACGCACAACCGAUAAUUCUACAAAGGGUGGAAGUGAACUGCAGGACUCAUAGAUAUCGUCUAGUUUUAGAUGCAAGUGUUGUGUUUUUGUUCAAGGUUGCUCAAUUAAGUUGUGUGCAAGUGCGCUAAUUAAUUAUUUACUGUUUUUCCGAUUAUUAAUAUAAGACCUAUUUAACUAA